AUGGGUGGAAAAGUAGAUCAUUCAGUUUUAGAUGGAAGAGGUCCAUAUGCAUUUCGGAUUAGCGGGGGAAAUUAUCAUAGAAUAGGGUCACUGCUACCAACUCCUGGUCAGAAACCUAAGUUUGCCCAACUUACUGGAGAUUUGUUGUGGGAUCGUAAUGUAUUGAAUCUACAUGUGCGUAUGUUAAACUCCAGAGGUGAACGACAAUAUAUCAGGCCAACUGCAAAUGAAGUUGCGGCGAUAAUCAUUGUUGAUGAUGCUGGAACUGAAACACAUCGUGAUAUCAUUGUUCAGAAAAAUGAUGGUAUAUUAAAAAGAAUCAGUGAAAUACAUCCAUCAUAUGUACAAUUACAGUACCCAUUACUGUUUCCAUAUGGUACAGAUGGAUGGAGGUGCGGCAUCUCUUCUAAUACAUUCUCAAGCAGAUCUCGAAACAAUGUGUCAAUUAGAGAAUUUUAUGCAUUUAGACUCCAACAUAGAGAAUUUGAAGGUAAAACACUUUUAAGAGGAGGGCGUUUGUUUCAACAAUUUGUCGUUGACUGUUAUGCUGCUAUUGAGCAAACUAGAUUGAAUUACAUCAAGACCCAUCAAGUUGAGUUGCGCACAGACCUAUAUCAAGGAAUAGAAGAUGCUGUAGUUGCUGGAGAUGUAGAUGCGUCAGUAGUAGGGAGAAGAUUUGUGUUGCCUUCGUCAUUCUCUGGGGGGGCACGUAGUAUGAUCCAACGUUAUCAAGAUGCUAUGGCAAUUUGCAGAACUAUUGGAGCUCCUGAUUUGUUUAUCACGUUCACAUGCAAUCCUAUAUGGCUAGAAAUAAAAGUUGAUCUUCCAAGACUAUCGAAUCAACGUGCAGAAGAUAGACCUGAUAUCGUUGCUAGAGUUUUUCGGAUUAAGUUUAAACAAUUACUAACCGACUUGAAGAAAAAUAAAAUAUUUGGAGAAGUACUUUCAGUUAUUUACGUCAUUGAGUUUCAAAAACGGGGAUUGCCGCAUUCUCACAUUACAAUCACACUGGCAUCGGAGAAUAAGCCAAUCACACUUGAACAAAUUGAUGAGUUUAUAUAUACUGAAUUGCCUGACAAAAAUGUAGACCCAUUGGCAUAUGAGACUGUCGUCAGAUGCGUGAUACAUGGACCUUGUGGUGCUGCUAAUCCCAAUGCUCCAUGCAUGGUAGAUGGAAAGUGUACAAAACAUUAUCCGAAGAAAUUUUGUAAUGAAACAACAAUUGAUGAUAAUGGAUUUGUAUCAUACAGACGCAGAUGUAAUGAGGGCAACACAAUAAACAUAAAUGGAUUUAUAGUUGAUAACAGAUGGGUCAUUCCAUAUAAUUGUGAUCUUUUGAUGCGAUAUGAUUGCCACAUUAAUAUUGAACGAUGUGCGCAUCCGAAGUUGAUGAAAUAUUUGUACAAAUAUGUCAACAAAGGGCCUGAUCGUGCGACAAUUGUGAUUGAGGAUAAUGUUAUUCAUCCAAACAAUAAUGGGCAACAACAUUACAAACAAGUUGAUGAGAUCAAACAGUAUUUGGAUGCUCGAUAA